UACGACGAUGUCUUGACUUGCCUACAUGCUUGCUCCAAUUGUCCAUAGCAUAUAUUAAACAAAUCUAAUACAUUUUGGCCGAUGUAAUACAAAAGAAGAUGUCAACAUGUCUUUUAUGAGUCGCAUUGCAGAAAAAUCUUCGAAGAUUCGUUGCCUCCGUUUGAUGUCGGUGUAUCCUACACACUACGUUGAACCAAUUGUACAAAAAGAUAAACAAAUUGAGCAAAAGAAUGAGUUAUCAAAGCUUUACCAUGUGCCAAUCAAGGCGGCUGUCAACAAGGCUUCUGACACAGUCUUUCAUGAUGAUACAAAAGAGAAAAUGAUAAAUUAUAUAACGAAGAAAGGGAAUAGUGCACUGGCCAGAAAUCUUUUGUCGAAGACAUUUGAGAAAAUAAAACGAACACAGACGGAGCAUAUGAAUCUAGCCAAAGGAGACAAAAAUGCUAUAAAUACCAAUGCCGAAUCGCUUUUGAAACAAGCGGUGGAAAAUUGUAGACCCCUUCUUCAAGUAACUGCCAUUAAACGUGGAGGAGUUACCUACCAAGUUCCUGUUCCCAUAACGACAAAACGAUCUUAUUUUUUGGCCAUGAAGUGGCUCCUGGAAGCAGCACGCGAAAAGGAGCGCAAAGUGUCCCUUCCGGAAAAACUUGCCUGGGAGAUUCUGGAUGCCGCCCAUGGACAGGGAAGAGUUGUUAAGCGGAAGGACGACUUGCACCGGCAGUGUGAAAGCAACCGAGCUUACGCACAUUACCGAUGGAGCUAAAUAUAAGUUGAUAUUGUUUUUGUAAUACAAUAAAAUUUUAAAUGUUGUUUUAACAA